UGCGAACUGCAAUAAUGUGCAGGGGUUCGUUCGCACUGCGGCAUGGGCUAUAUCUCUGACUUAUCUCCUGAACGUCGCGCGUAUUGUUGUCCAAUGGAUGUCUAGUAGUACGUUAGAACCAAAUGCUGAAUUCAAUAUAAGGGACUCAAUGCUAUCGGAAGUAGAUGAACAAACGCGGAAAGCAAACAAACUGGCUGAAAUCCGCAAUGUGCGGCAGAUUCUGAACUCGCCAGAAAACGAGGCUGCGAUGAACGCGACCACAGGCUAUGUCAUGGGCAAGUUCCGCAAACACUCAGACAACUGUAUAUCCCCCACGAUUCAUCCAGCGAGCAUGUAUGCUUUGUUUGUGCCUCCGUUGAAUCGCUAUCGAUCGGAACACGGGUAUAGUGUGCAUUCGAGUGAAGCGACACAGAUUAGCAAACACGAGCUCACUAAAAAAGAGUAUCAGUCAAACAUGCGAUGCAAGAAACACAAACCGCAUCGUAACGGGAGGAGGGCACCUCGGAUAUGCGAGUUUGAGAACAUAUGCGUGAGAGACGGACGGCUAUUCACUUUGAACACGAUUGACUCCACAAGGCUUACCAUGUACUCAUUACCAACACAUGAGUGCGUGUCUCCCAUACUCGUUCCUGGAAGUCGGCAGCAAGCCCUGUCGCUCAUUGUUGGCGAUGUGACUGUCGUUGACACUCCUACGAUCCUCUUCUCAAUGCGAGGUAUUGUACGCUCAAAGUCUCUAUAUCCUCACGGCUUAGCUAUAUCGGCAUGGAAGUAUAGCCAUAUGAAUCUGCUGCUGACUUCCCUGGGCGUCUUCGAUGCUGUACAUUCUGAAUUCGGGGAAGACUAUGCAGUGGGGAACUCAACCAUGACUAAGCCAUACUCGGCUGUUAUGAUUCAGAAUGCACUCUACAGAGGCUCUCAGAGAGAUCUGUGGGCCAAGGUGAUGCCAUGGUUCAAGAAGGUUCACAGUUCACAACGACCUCUGAUGUUUUUGCACGAGUUUGGGGGCACCACUUGCUUCCGGAAGGCUAUUCUGGGCUCAGGUGGUGCUUAUCAACCACUGUAUCGAUCGGCUGGGAGUACGGACAAGGAAGUACUUGCGCGGAAGUAUCCGAAGUUGCACCAACGCAUGGCAACCAUUGUACCGAAGUUUGCGGCGUAUGUAGCAGACAAGCAUGGAAGCACGGGGGUCAAGCGACAUACCGCCCUGCUGCACCGAAAUAAGCUUUCAAGGAGGAUUCUAAAUGAGGCGGAGGUAAGCGCCACAAUGGCUCAAUUGGGUUACCACGUGUCAAUUGUAGACUUUAACACGAUUCCGCUGUCGGAUCAGGUCAGAUUAGUAAGAUCCACCGAGCUUCUCGUUGGUUUGAAUGCACCUGAGCUGGACAUAUCGCUAUUUCUUAACCGUACACACUCGGCUCUAAUCGAGCUGAUAGGCUACAACGCCACGAGUGACAUACACUCCGUGUGGAUGCAGUAUGCGGAUGUUCCGUAUGUCUCAUGGCGCAACGAGAAACGAAGUCAAAUCGGUCACAACGAGGUUUCGGACUCGUACCACAGGGUAGACUUCCGGCAGUACCAGUACCAUCUAGAUCAGUGGGUAGAUCCGAAGGAGGUGGAGUUGUUGUGCCGGACCUCCCGGGCGGUCAUAGCGAGACAUUUAGGCAGACCCAUACGGAGCCGGCAGGGUUUGGGCAGUGUAAGCGAGCUUACUAGUAAACACUUUGUAACGUAACAAAUCACUCACUGUCUCCCUAACUUGUAUCGAAACUAUAUUAUAUGCUACACCGAAUUUAUAACACGAC